AAAUUUAACUACUGGUAAAUAUAAAUUUUUAUUUCUAAGUUAAAAGUAUUAGGUUUGUGCAAUUUGUUAACUAUGCCUACCAUACAGAAUAAAUAAGUUGUUACUGUUGCGGCCCACCUCGCAGUUUAGUCGUGGUACCCGGAGUCAGUUGAGGCGAAACAACCAGAGUGCGCGUGCGUUUAUGUGCGUCGCCACAAUAGUACAAUACCACAGAAUAAUUAUUCUGUGACAAUACUAUCUAUACUCAAUGAUAAUAUUGUAUAAUGUAUAUCUGUGAUUAUGUAUGAAUGAUUAUAGAUAUAAGAAAUCAAGAAAUGAGUAGUAUGACUAUAGCGAGCGAAGCGAGUUUUUUUUUUAGUGUACGAGAAUUGAAGUUAAAAUACGAGAAUUUUGGGAAGCUUGAUACGAGAUUUUAGCCAUAGGUAUCUGGCAACACUGCGGCGGUCAUUGUAAGAACGGCCCUAACAUAUAUAUCUUAGUCCGUGCUGUAUACCUAUUUUGUUAAAUCGUGCUUGAACCACAGAACCUUGAACUGACGCGCACGCCGACACCGGAUUUCGCGCCAAAUGACGGCCAAUGGACUGUGACAGAUCUGUGGUUAUAUUGUAAUCUGUAAUCUGUAUCCUGUAUUAAUCCAAAGGUUUUCUCAACUACUAAUUAAAAAUAUUAUCGAAAUGGCGUCAAAUGAAGCAGAAGACGAAAAUAUAAGAACACUCAACUAUGACGAGUUGGAUGUGUAUAGUAAACUAGAAGUUAAACUUAAAGCACGUAAUAAAAUUACAUGCCGCAAAGAAAUUACCCUGCCCUGCGCACAUGUGGAAGACACUGACCUUUCAGAUGUUUUGGAAGCUAGUAAUAUUCCUUCAGUUAGACCCAAUAAACGUUUGGAGGAUAAUGCACGAGCAAUUGGUACAUUAAUGGAUAAUAUUCGCAAACUGAAACGCACUUCAGAAAUGGAAAUGGAUUUUGCUAUCGAUCAAGGAAGAAAUGACAAUGAUGACAUCAGUCAAACACUUGCACGACUUCGACAGCAGUCAGAAAAACUUUUUAAAAACAUUAUACAUACUCAAGUUGCUUUUAAUGAAUGUUUAAGUUUGACGGACAGUUUAGAAAACAAGGAGCAUGUAAAAAACCACUUAAAGUUAAUUGAAAAAACUUGUAAAUUUGAUAGAGGAGUAGAAUCAGUCAUUAGUUGUAACAAAGACAAGUUAGAAAAACAUAUUGACAAAAACUUGAAAAUUGAAAAUGUCGAGGAAUUUAAAAAUGCAUAUAGUGAAUUGGCCCAAGGGAUAGUAACUAAAACUUAUGACACCAGUGUGAAAACAUAUAAAAACCAUGAACAUUUAUUAGCAAUUAAACAAUUCAAUGAACCCAAUGAAGGAUUAAUUGCAGAAGAGUUGGUAGAAGGGAAGUUAGAUCCAUAUACAAGACAACCAAUUACCAAACCAGUAUGCAACAAAGUUUGCAAACAUAUAUAUGAUUUAGAAUCAGUUAAUCAAAUGUUCCAGAGUAAAAUGUUUGUAUCUUGUCCGUAUAUUGGAUGUACAAAUAAACGUUUUACAAAAGCUGAUCUGAAUCUUUCCGAGAUUAAUUAAUGAAUUAUUAUUCGUUUAACUGAAAAAAGGAACUGUAAUUUUUUUAUUUUCUAUUAAGAAAUACUUUUUGUGUUAUUUGUAUAAAUUAAUUGAUGUAAAAAAGAAGUUGAAUUGAGACUAAGUCACUCAGGAUUACCAUGAUAAUAGUUAAUCACUAUUAUUUUGUAUACUUACAUUUAUUAUUUAUAUAUACCUAAUUAAAGAAAAUUGAAUUAUAUAACAAUCACAAUAAGAGUACAUCUCAUAAAUGUAAAGUAUAUAAUAUUAUAUAUUAUUUUCAUUUUAUAAAAGGACAUUUUUUUUU